AUGGCCGAACAUAUCUACUCGCGGCCCGGUGAUGGUCUCAGCCCUCAAGAAUACUAUGAUGGAUUUAUCAGUGAAAGAGGUUCGCUCAAGGACCGAUUCAAGAACAUCGACGAACCAGAUCACUUUAGCAAUUCCGUCCAGCUGCUCAAGGAUGCACAUACGAAGAACUUUGUACUGGACUUUGGCGACAACGAUGCAUUCUGCGCGAUGAAUUUGGAGACGGAGGAUUUUAAGUUAUUGUUGAAGAAGCCGCGAGCGAAAUGCUUUGGUACGAGGUGGAUUAAUAUCUGGGCCCCCAAAAAACAGAAAGAAAUCGUCAAGGCAAUAACAACACAAUACGGCGUCUCCGAACGACUCCAAGGUCUAAUGUGCACCGAACCAGUCCUCCCCCGCCCAAAAGCAACAGCGCUCUCCAAAAAGCGAGAAUCUCGAUCCCGCGACCUCGACCGGUCCCUGGCGUUUUCUCCUGACGACCUUGAGACUGCAAUGCAUAUCAAGGAUGGCCUGGAGAGCGUUGAGAUGGCGGGUGCCGGUCCCGCGACUAAUCCGGGGAAACUCACUUUUGCUCAGGUCACGGAUCAGAUUUGGCAUUUCUCGUCGACGGAUUAUGGGCCUCGAUAUACGUGCAUUGGCUAUAAUACUCUAUUUGCGACGGCCGACCCUGGAAUACCCAAGGGCGAAAUGAAUAAUGGUGAAGACCUUCCAGAGGGUCGACGGCUCUGGACCUGGCUGGUUCUGUGUGAUGAUGGAACCGUGAUUUCGAUGCAGGAGAAUCUAUUCCCCCGACAGGAGGCAGACUUCCAAGAAAUCCAACUAAAGAUCCUCAAGAUUGCACGCAGAAAUAUCAAAUCCAUCUUCGAGGGUGUAUCGCGACUUCACAAGAGCGAGACCGAGAACGACUCAUUGGUCACCGUCCGAGUACGCCAUUUCAACGAUGUAGGUCCGGACCAGGCGAGUAUAAAACAAGAUGAUGGACCGAGCCUCCUCUUCUAUUAUCUCUUUGACGACUGGAUGUCGAGCUUCGGGUUAGUCGCGAAACGAGAGCACAAAUACAGUGUACUCUUGGAAGAAUUGCGAGGCUCAAUGCUCGAGAAGCCAAUAGUGGAAUUGGUGAACGAGUUGCACUGGUUAGGACGCCGACUUGGCGUGCUAAAGCGAUUGUAUCAGAGCUACGAGCUCAUCAUGCAGCGCGUGCUGCAGCGGCAGCGACUCCUGCGCGAUGAAGCCCGGGGAACCCAACAACGACCAGUACCCUGUGGAACCACAUUUGAGGAAAGCGAGUUCGCGGAGAGGCGACAGGAGAGUCUGAUGAGCAGUGCUAGCCUUCCAUUCGCAAACGAUAAGCCCGUCGGGGUACUGUUGAGUUCGGCCGCGGUGGCCAAGUUCGAGCGGUUGGCGGAUCGCAUCAAUUUAUACUGCUUGAGUGAAAUCGAGACGUGCCUCGGCGAGAAGGAGUCGUUGACGUUUUUGAACUUUAACUUGAUCGCGCUUAAGGACUCUCAGGCCGUUGAGAAGUUGACACGAAUCACGAUCUUGUUGGCAAAGGCUACCAUUAUGUUCCUUCCGGUCAGUCUGAUGACAGCCUAUUUCUCGACGGAACUGAAGGGGGUUAAGGGCGGAUACACCCAAGCGCAGUAUUGGGUGGCCUUUGCGGUGAUUUUAUUUGUGUCGGUGCUUGUGUUGACGGUAUUCGGGAAGGCGAGCGAUACGGUGGAAGGGAAGACGAUCUAUCAGUCAUUGGUUAAGACGUUCUUUCGAAAGUCGCGAGAGAGAAUGAGCAGGUCCAGCAAGUCCCGGCGGCCUCGAGUCACCGCCAUAAUGGGUAUUACCUUCUCAAAGCUGUUUGAUAGACUAUGGGGUCGCAAGGAGAUGCGUAUCCUGAUGGUCGGUCUGGACGCUGCCGGAAAGACCACCAUCCUGUACAAGCUCAAGCUUGGUGAAAUUGUCACUACUAUCCCUACAAUCGGCUUCAACGUCGAGACCGUCGAGUACAAGAACAUCCAGUUUACCGUGUGGGAUGUCGGUGGUCAGGAUAAGAUUCGUCCUCUGUGGCGCCACUACUUCCAGAACACUCAGGGUAUCAUCUUCGUGGUUGACAGCAACGAUCGUGAUCGUAUUGUCGAGGCCCGCGAGGAGUUGCAGCGCAUGCUGAACGAGGACGAGCUCCGGGACGCCCUUCUCCUGGUCUUCGCCAACAAGCAAGAUUUGCCUAACGCCAUGAGCCCCGCCGAGAUUACCCAGCAACUUGGCCUCCAGAGCCUGACCCGCCGUGCUUGGUUCAUCCAAUCCACCUGCGCCACCACCGGUGACGGUCUUUACGAGGGUCUGGAGUGGCUCGCCGACACUCUCCGGAAAACAAACCGCGAUUAGACGG